AUGUGUUUAUGUGAUCAUCGGUUCAGUGAUGAGAUAGACAAGCUGACCGGCUAUAAGACCCAGUCCAUCCUGUGUAUGACCAUCUGUAACAGUGAUGGAGAGGUCAUCGGGGUUGUGCAGGCCAUCAACAAGAACCCAAUCGGAACACCUUUUACGGAGGACGACGAGAAGGUGCUGCAGAUGUAUCUACCGUUCUGCGGAAUAUCCAUCUCCAACGCCACGUUGUUUUCAGAGUCCCGGAAGGAGUACGAGAGGAGCAGAGCUCUGCUAGAGGUGGUGAAUGACCUGUUUGAAGAACAGACAGACCUGGAGAAGAUAGUGAGGAAGAUCAUGCAGAGAGCUGUGACCCUGCUGCAGUGUGAACGCUGCUCUGUGUUGCUGCUGGAGGAUAUACACUCACCUGUGGUAAAGUUCUCAAAGACCUUUGAGCUCAUGUCUCCCCUGUGCAACAUGGACCGUGACAUCAGCAUGGAGAAGCUGUCCUGCUCUGAUUGGCUGAUCAAUAACAGCAUUGCUGAGCUGGUGGCGUCCACAGGACUUCCUGUCAACAUCAGCGACGUCUGUCAGGACCCCCGCUUUGAUGCUGAGGCAGAUCAAGCCUCAGGAUUCCACAUCAGAUCAGUACUGUGCGUCCCCAUCUGGAAUCGGACUCAUCAGAUAAUAGGGGUUGCCCAGAUUCUAAAUCGCCUGGACAGGAAGACGUUCAAUGAUGCAGAUCAAAGACUGUUUGAGGCCUUUGUGAUAUUCUGUGGGCUGGGGAUCAACAACACCAUGAUGUACAAUCAAGUGAAGAAGACCUGGGCCAAGCAGUCUGUGGCCCUGGAUAUGCUGUCCUACCACGCCACAUGCUCCAAGGUAGAGGUGGACAGACUCAAGGCUGCUAAGAUCCCUUUGAGCAGUGAGCUGGGCAUCGAAGAGUUCCACUUCAACGAUUUCUCAUUGGACAACGACGCCAUGAUCACUGCCUCCCUCCGGAUGUUUCUGGAACUCGGAGCCGUCCAGAAGUUUAAGAUUGACUACGACGUCCUGUGUCGCUGGCUGUUGACGGUGAGGAAGAACUAUCGCACGGUGGCAUACCAUAACUGGAGGCAUGCCUUCAACGUGUGCCAGUGCAUGUUCCUCAUGAUCACAACGGCUGGUUUCCAGGAUGUUCUGUCGGAUGCAGAGACCCUGGCGUUGAUGGUGGGUUGUCUCUGCCAUGACUUAGACCACCGUGGCACCAACAACGCCUUCCAGGCCAAGACUGGCUCUGCUCUGGCCCUGCUCUACGGGACAUCAGCUACUCUGGAGCACCAUCACUUCAACCAUGCAGUCAUGAUCCUACAGAGUGAGGGUCAUAAUAUCUUUGCCAACCUGUGUUCCAAAGAGUACAGUAGUAUGAUGCAGCUACUGAAACAGGCCAUCCUCUCCACUGACCUGACCCUGCACUUCCAGAGGAGGAGCCAGUUCUUUGACCGCGUUCUCUCUGGAGAGUUCAGCUGGACAGACGAGGCUCACAGAGAACUUCUCAGGUCUAUGCUAAUGACAGCAUGUGACUUGGGUGCAGUGACCCGCCCCUGGGAGAUCUCCAAACAGGUUGCGGAGUUGGUGACCAGUGAGUUUUUCGAGCAAGGUGACAGGGAGAGGUCUGAGCUCAAGUUAACUCCAGCGGCCAUCUUUGACCGUAAUCGUAAAGACGAGCUGCCCGCCCUGCAGCUGGAGUGGAUAGAUGGGAUCUGUAAGCCCCUCUACCAGGCUCUGAUGAAGCUAAACGUGAAGCUGAAGCCUAUGGUUGAUGGGAUAGCAGCCAACCGCAUGAAGUGGAAGGAGCUGGGCUCGUCCUAUCAGCAGCACACACACAGAACUGCAGAGACCAAUCAGAGUCCUGGCUCUGAGUCAGGACCCAACCAAGAGACCAAUCAAAAUCCUGACUCCAGUCAGAACUCGCAACUAGAGUUUGGGUCAAAUUCA